AUGAACAAACAAAGUGUUGUCCUCACUUUUGCAGUUAUCUGCCUAUUCUUCAUUCAUAACCUGAAUGCAAUUUGGCCUUCUCAAAUUAUUGACCUUCGCAACUGGAAAUUAACACUUCCUGUUGGUGAGCCUGGAGAUGCUAUGGAAAUUAAACAACCAACCUUGGAUAGAUACUCUCUCAAUCCAUAUUUUGGUGCCACUACUAAUAACACUGGUGUAAGAUUCAGAGUGCUCAUGUCCAACGUAACCGUCACAACUUCCUCUAAUACCAAAUAUGCAAGAAGUGAAUUGAGAGAAAUGGAUUCUUCAAAUCCUAGUAGCACUAAGGCAGCUUGGAAUACCACGGUUGGUACUCAUACCAUGAUUAUCGAUCAAACCAUUACAAGAUUACCAACCACUAGAAAGAAGGUUAUUGCUGGUCAAGUCCACGAUGCAGAUGAAUAUGUUGUAACCAUCCAUUUGGAAGGAACCAAGCUCUAUAUCAAUAUCGUAGGAGUUGGAACCACAACCAUUUCCCAAAAUUAUAUUGUUGGCACAAGAUUCCAAAUCAAGAUUCAAGUUAAGAAUGGAGUCACAAGUAUUUAUUACAAUAAUAUGAAUACUCCUAUUUAUUCUAUUACAAAGAGUUAUAAGGGAGCCUACUUCAAGGCAGGUUGUUAUGCUCAAUCUAAUUGCGAAUUUGAGGGAAGUUUAUGUGGAAAAUCAAAUAAUUAUGCUGAAGUUGUAAUUCAUAACUUGACCAUUACGCAUGAAUACCCAAGCGUUCAAGCAAGAAAUGGAAUUCUCAAUGGAUGGUUUGCAAAUAUGAUUACAAGUGAUGGUGUUAGUUUUGGAACCUCUGGUUUGAUUCAAUUGGUGUAUUCAUGUUUGUUGGUUUUCUUAUUUGUUAUUUUUGCCUAA